AUGGAUGACAUGCUUCUGACUGUGAUGGCCUAUGACCGCUUUGUGGCCAUCUGUCAGCUGCACAAUGUGAUUGUCUUCCACUUUGCCUACUUCAAAGAGGAACCAGACCUGCAGGUUUUACUCUUUGGACUGUCCCUGUCCAUGUACCUGGUUAUGGUGCUUGGCAACCUGCUCAUCAUCCUGGUUCUCAGCUCUGACUCCUACCUCCACACUCCUAUGUACUUCUUCCUAUCCAACCUGUCCUUGUUCCAGGUGGAUCACACAGGACAGCAGUGGGUGGCACCAGCUGCCUCCAUUAUAGACGGGAUGACUGAGAUCACAGGAAGAAACCAGUAUGUGUCCAUCUGUCACCCUCUGCAAUAUCCUGUCAUCAUGAACCCUCGCCUCUGUGUCUUCUUAGUUUUGGUGUCUCUAUUGUUCAGUCUUUUGGAAUCCCAGAUCCACAAUUUGAUUGCCUUAUACUUUACCUACUUCAAAGACAUGGAAAUUUCUAAUUUCUUCUGUCAACCUUCUCAGGUCCUUAGUCUUGUCUGUUUUGAUACCUUUACCAAAAAUACAGUCAUGUAUAUUGUUGGUGCUAUCUAUGGUUUUCUUCCAGUCUUAGGGAUCUUUUCCUCUUAUUAUAAAAUUGUUUCUUCCAUUCUUAGAAUCCCAUCCUCAGGUGGAAAGUACAAAGCCUUCUCCACCUGUGGGUCUCACCUCUCAGUGGUUUGCUUAUUUUACGGGACAGCCAUUGGAGUGUACCUUGCUUCAGCUGUAUCACAUUCUCCUAGAAAGAUCACUGUGUUCUCUGUGAUGUACACUGUGGUACCAGCAAAAAUGUCCCUGAUGUCCACCAAGUAA